AUGUCUGCACCCGUCUACAAUGAGUCCCAGCCCAAUGGAGGCAAUCCGCUCGAGGUGGACGUCAACGCCCAGUACGAAGGCGUCCAAUUCAACUACACAUACAUCGCCUUCUGCGGCUUCAUUGUCUACCUGAUCAUCCCCGGCCUUGGUCUGCUCUACAGCGGCCUCGCCCGUAGAAAGUCCGCCCUCGCCUUGAUCUUCCAGUCCAUCCUGAUUGGCGCCGUCACCACAUUCCAAUGGAUGUUUUGGGGAUACUCGCUGGCUUACAGCCGCACUGCCGGGCCCUUCAUUGGUGACCUCGCCAACUUUGGCAUGAAGGAUGUCAUGGCGGCGCCUUCGGUCGGCAACCCCAACAUUCCCGAGAUUGUCUUCUGUCUCUACCAACUCCUCUUCUGUGCUUGCACUGUUCAGAUCGUUGUUGGAGGUGCAUUUGAGCGUGGACGAAUCGUUCCGUCUCUCAUUUUCGGCUUCUUCUGGGCCACUCUUGUCUACUGCCCCAUUGCUUGCUGGACAUGGAACCCGAAUGGCUGGCUGUACACUCUCCCUUCUCUUGACUUCGCUGGUGGUGGUCCCGUCCACAUCGCGUCUGGUUGGGCUGCCCUUGCCUAUGCCCUCGCACUGGGAAAGCGCAAGAAGACCGAGGGUGACAAGGCCCACGGAAAGCCGCACAACAUUACUCUUGUCUUCUUGGGCACCGUUCUCAUCUACUUCGGAUGGUUCGGCUUCAACGGCGGUUCUGCGCUGAACGGCAGCAUCCGUGCCAUGCUGGCCGCUUUCAACACCAAUACGGCUGCCUCGACUGGUGCCAUCGGCUGGGUGCUCGUCGACUACAUCAAGUACAAGGGUCGCUUCCGUGUUGUUGGUGCCUGUGAGGGUGUCAUCGCUGGACUUGUGGGUAUUACUCCUGCUGCCGGUUACGUUAGCCCUUGGUUGGCCGCUGUCAUCGGUUUCCUCACCGCCGUCGUUUGCGCCCUCUGUGACGACGUCAACGAGUGGCUGCACAUCGACGAGGGAAUGGAUGUCUUCAAGCUCCAUGGCAUCGGAGGUAUGACCGGAUCUUUCCUUACCGGUAUCUUUGCUACGAAGUCCAUCUCCGCCCUUGAUGGCGCUACCAUCGCCUCUGGCGGCAUUGAUGGUGUCGGUGUCCAAAUUGGCAGACAGUUCGCCGAGAUUACUGCCAUCUCCUCUUACUCGUUUGUGGUUUCCUUGGCCCUGCUUCUUAUCCUGAAGUACAUCCCGGGUCUUCAUCUCCGCGUCUCUGACGAGGUGGAGGAGCGCGGCCUGGACAUGGACCAGUUCUUUGAGGAGAACAUCGGCGAUUGGGAAGUCUCCGAGGAGUUUGAGAAGCGCCGUGCUCAGGCGGAGACUAUUGUGGCCGAGACUGUUCCAGGUUCCUCGAGCAACAGCAGCCGCCACGGAGUUGAUAGUGGCAAGACUCAAUAG